CUCCUCCUCCUCUCAACUCAUUUUGGGUGUCGAUCGCCCGCAGACGACCCCACAUCUCCCCACGUAAGCUAGACCUGUUGAGAUAGUCCCGCUGAUGUCGAUGACAUUGCUCGCUGCCAGGAUCCGAAUCCUGGACCGCCGUCCAAAUCGCCACUCCCAUUGCUGCUGGACUGGUUGUCGCUGUACUCGCAACCGUGUUCUUCUGCUGCUACCGCCGGCGACACCAUAGCUCCACAUCUUCCGGCUCCGGCGGCAUGUCCCGCCGGCCAAGAGGAUCACCCAGCGCGCACUCGGGCUCGGUGCGGGCGCGUCUCAAUGCGCCGUCCUUCUUGUAUGGGCUCCUUCCUGGGACACGAUCUGUGCGCUCGCGAGACGGCAUGCGGGAUCCGAACUGGCAGAUCGACGACGGCGACGAGGAAGGUGAGUGGCUGCGCACUAACGGGCAUGCGCACCAGCCUUCCGCGUCCUCUUCGCUGUCCACUGUCCCCCCUUCCUUCGCAACGUCGCCGUACUUCCAGCCACAGAUCGAGGAGGAGCAGACGGAGGAGCAGGACCACGGAUACUUCCCUGUCCCGACCCACGGCCGCAGCAUAUCGGCGAGCGACAGCGCGCUCCUCCUGCGACCCGAGCGCAAGAGCCAUCCGAAGUCCCUCUGGGACCGUAUUGUCAAGUACACGGAUGGAUUGCGGAAGAGCCCGAGCUAUCGCUCGGGGCGCGUCCGUCCUCUCCGAGCUGUUCAGCAAUCUAAGCUCAAUCUCGACGAGGUGCCGACGGAGAUGCUACCACCUCCCUCGGGGAGUGUCUUGGACGGGGCCAAACCGUCCGGGCUGGGGGCGCGUCCGGGCGCGAUGGCAGCGUCCACGACGACGCUUCCUCCCGCCCCUGAGAGGACAUAUUCCGGAGAACACGCACCACACGAUUCGCACCACGCGUUGGCCAGAGCGGGCGAGCCUGACGAGCAGAGCAUUCUGUUGAUCUCCCGCGUACCUGGGCAGGAUUUUGCCAUUGAUGACACCACCACGGAGUACUCGACCGCCCUCCGCUGAUAAACAGCGGCCUACAUAUCACUUGCCACGCCCGAAUGGCGGAGCAUCCGGG